AUGAAAUUACAUCCAAAAGAAUUAGAAGAUAGGCUAGUGACAAGGAACCAAGUUCGAGGGCUUACACAAGGGUAUUUGGAACAAUAUCUACAUCAUUUGGCUGGUAAAGAAGAAUGGGAGACCUUUAUGGAUGUGCUAGCCCUUACCUUGUAUGGCAUUAUGUUGUUUCCCAAGAUAGAUGAUUUUGUGGACUAUGCUGCAAUGGACGUCUUUAUAGCAAGUAAAACAAGAUCAGAGAAUCCUGUAACCGCAUUCCUUGCUGAUGUUUAUGGGACUAUGAGUUUCUGCCAUGAAAGGAAAGGAAAGAAGAUUCUUUGUUGUUUGCCAGCAGUCUAUGUGUGGUUAUUCACUCGUGUAUUUAAAGGGUCAGUUGAUGUCAGGUGCUCGGUAGAGCAAAUGUCGCAGCAUAAGCCUAAGGUCAAGGGGGGAAAUGAAUGGGCUCAAUUCUUUGCUGGUUUGAAUGGAGGAAAGGUAAGGUGGCGUCCUUCUUGGCUUAAGAGCAAUCAUUUCAUCCAUUAUUGUGGCAAUUUCCCUAAUGUGCCACUCAUAGGUGCUCGAUGCUGUAUCAAUUAUAAUCCUAUCUUGGUCCAAAGACAAUUUGGACAUCCUAUGAAAGGGGCACCUUUGCCAGAUUUUUUCACCCCAUUAUUCGUUCAUUAUGAAGACGGACAUUUCAUUAAAGUGCUAAGAGAGAUUAGAACUGCUUGGGAGAAUGUUGUGCGACUAGAAAUGGAUCCUAGAGUAGGAGUGGUGGAUGGGAGAGUCAGUUAUUACACUUGGAUAGCAUAA